AUGACUCAACUCACCAAGUUUCUUAUCCUCCUCGCUGCCACCGGCGCCCUCAGUGCUCCAGUUCUCAACUCGCGCCAGCUUGGUGGUGAGGGCCAAGCUGCGGAUCCCCUCAUCAGCGACUUUGACAACGCUGUCGGCUACGCUGGCGAGAAUGCUUUGAUCCACGUUUCUCAUCUCCUGGGCGGUGACGCUCAGGAGCCAGAUGAGCCUGGACUGAACAACGGCGGCGGCAACGGUGGUAGCAGCAGUGGCGGCCCACCCCCUCCUCCUCCCCCAGGAGGCCGCAAGUUCAGAAUGGCAAAGCGACAGCUCGACAAGCUCGCCAACGGUGCUGCUGAUGUUCUGAACGCUGCGGGCCUCACUGGAGAGGGCGACCUUGUCGAGACCAAUGGCGAUGCCAUCGACGGACAGCUGACCGGUGACGUAGGUCAGCUAGGAGAGCAGCUCGGAGAAGACGAGGAAACUAUCGGUGAAAACGCUGGCAAUCUGGUUCCCGAGAAGCUUCCCUCCACUGGCGGCGCUGGCGGCACUCCUGGUCUCCCCGGCGUCUAA